AUGGCGUCCGCCGACGAGCCCAUCGAGGUCACCGACGAGCUCUCUGCUGCCGAGGAGAACCAGGUCAUCAACGAGGAGUACAAGAUUUGGAAGAAGAACACCCCUUUCCUCUACGACACUGUCAUCACCCACGCGCUCACAUGGCCUAGUUUGACGUGCCAGUGGCUUCCUGACGUCGAGUCGCCCAAGGAUGCCGACUACACCGUCCACCGCAUGAUUCUCGGUACCCACACUUCGGGCCAGGCCGACGACCACCUCAUGAUCGCCGAGGUGCACCUGCCAAAGGGUGGUGCGGACGGCUCGGGACGCGACAUUGGGGAGCUGUACGACGAGGAGAGGCAGGAGCUGGGUUCGCACACCAAGAGCUCGGCGCGUAUUCGCGUCAAGCAGACCAUCAACCACAAGGGCGAGGUCAACCGCGCGCGCUACAUGCCCCAGAACCCCGACCUGAUUGCGACCAAGACUGUGGCCGGCCCCGUCUACAUCUUUGACCGCACCAAGCACGAGUCCAAGGCUCCUCCCAAGGGCGAGUGCAAGCCCGACAUUCGCCUCGUCGGCCAGAGCAAGGAAGGUUACGGCCUGUCGUGGUCCAAGGUCCGCUCGGGUCACAUUCUGUCGGCCAGCGAGGACACGACUGUCGCUCACUGGGACAUUGAGGCGUACAAGAAGGACGAGGCCGGCAUCCAGCCUCUGCGCAAGUACACCGGCCACUCGGCGUAUGUGGGCGAUGUCGACUGGCACCCAGAGUACGACUACAUGUUCGCCUCUGUCGGUGACGACCGCAAGCUCAUGAUCUGGGACACUCGUAGCGAAAACUCUGCCAAGCCCAGCCAGCAGGUCGAGGGCCACUCUGCCGAGGUCAACGCCGUCGCAUUCGCCCCCGCAUCGCCCAACCUCAUCCUGACCGGUUCGAGCGACAAGACCAUCGGCCUGUGGGACAUUCGCAAGCUGUCGAUGAAGCUGCACUCGUUCGAGUCGCACUCGGACGACGUUCUCCAGGUCGCCUGGUCGCCCCACUCGCCUGUCCACUUUGCCUCCGCCGCCGGCGACCGUCGCGUGCACAUUUGGAACCUGGACGCCAUUGGCGCCGAGCAGACCCCCGAUGACGCCGAGGACGGUCCUCCCGAGCUCAUGUUCGUCCACGGCGGCCACACCGCCAAGGUCAACGACAUUUCGUGGUCGCCCUGCGCAAAGUGGCACAUUGCCACCACGGCCGAGGACAACAUUCUCCAGAUCUGGGAGCCUAGCCGCCAUAUCCGUGCGGCCGCCGAGGCCGACGUGUCGGCCAUGGACCUCGAAUAA